GCCUGAGACAAAGAUCAUAAUGAGACAGGAAGGUGGCAUAGGAAGGAGCCCAUUUGCAUGACAAUAAUUGAGCCAAGAAUAGAAAGCUAGAGGGAUGCAAGGGUGAGGCUGGCAGCUGAGCCGGGCUAAACCUCACAAAUCAGACUACCCAGCUCUGCUCUGCAGGGGAGGCGGGGGCUGAGCUCUGUGCCAGGUUUUGGGGGUUGGGAGGAGUGGGGAGAAGGACAGGGCCCAGGGAAUUGUGGGAAUGCUGGCCAGGUUGGACUUUGCUUUACUCCUCCUCCUUCAGGCUGGAGCAUGCCUCCGCUUGCCUUCUCCUUUGUAUGUGGUCUCUGAGGCUGUAGGGCUAACUCAGUGGGCAGGAUGGCUGCUCAGAAAGAUCUCUAUGACGCCAUUGUGAUCGGGGCAGGCAUCCAGGGCUGCUUCACUGCGUACCACCUGGCCAAACACAGGAAGAGGGUCCUCCUGCUGGAGCAGUUCUUCCUCCCGCACUCCCGGGGAAGUUCCCAUGGGCAGAGCCGGAUAAUCCGAAUGGCGUACCCUGAAGACUUCUACACCCAGAUGAUGGCUGAGUGCUACCAGAUGUGGGCCCAGCUGGAGCAUGAGGCGGGAACCCAGUUAUACAGGCAGACUGGACUACUGCUGCUGGGAAUGAAGGAGAGUGCAGAAUUAAAGAUAAUCCAGGCUACUCUGUCUAGGCAGGGAGUGGAACACCAGUGUCUUCCAUCUGAGGAACUGAAGCAACGUUUCCCCAAUAUUCGGUUGUCCAGGGGAGAAGUGGGGCUCUUGGACAAGUCUGGAGGAGUUCUCUAUGCUGACAAGGCGCUCAGAGCCCUUCAGGAUGCAAUUCGCCAGCUAGGAGGCAUAGUGCAUGAUGGAGAAAAGGUGAUGGAGAUAAAACCAGGGCUACUGGUCAUGGUGAAAACCACCUCCAGGAGCUACCAAGCCAAGAGCUUGAUCAUCACAGCAGGUCCUUGGACCAACCGGCUCCUCCGUCCCCUGGGAAUUGAGCUGCCUCUCCAGACCCUGCGGAUCAACGUGUGUUACUGGCGAGAGAAGGUUCUUGGAAGCUAUGGUGUGUCCCAGGCCUUUCCAUGCUUCCUGGGCUUCAGCCUGGCUCCUUACCACAUCUAUGGAUUGCCCUCUGGAGAGUACCCAGGGCUGAUGAAGGUCUGCUAUCACCACGGCAACAAUGCAGAUCCUGAGGAGCGGGACUGCCCUGCAGCUUUCUCAGACAUCCAAGACGUCCACAUCCUGAGCUGCUUUGUCAGAGAUCACUUACCUAACUUAGAGCCUGAGCCUGCUGUUAUGGAGCACUGCAUGUACACGAACACCCCUGAUGAGCACUUCAUUCUUGAUCGACACCCGAAGUACGACAACAUUGUCAUUGGUGCUGGAUUCUCUGGGCAUGGGUUUAAGCUGUCCCCUGUUGUGGGGAAGAUCCUGUAUGAAUUAAGCAUGAAAUUAAUGCCAUCCUAUGACUUGACACCUUUUCGAAUCAGCCGCUUCCCCUGCCUGGGCAAAGCCCACAUUUGACUGGCCACCUGCUUCCCUUCUGUGCACAGGAGCUGGGAAUGAAGCCCUCUUCUGGGAAAGACUUCUCAGAGGAAGGAAGUGUCUGUGAGAUGUUAUCCUUUUUUCUUGCCCCCUUCAGUUCCCCAUAAACACCAGCUGAUUGAAUUUACC